ACAGUUUUAUCUUGUAAAUGCAAGUUGUCAGAGCCUUGAGUCAGAUCUUCGCACCCAGACACCAGCGAAACCACUAAGCACAGCGGUGUUUUUUGGGGACAGACACGCAAAGAGAGAAACAGAAGUGAAGACUGCAGGAAGAAGGUCUAAAGGGAAUCAUAUUACAUCUAAGAUGAGGAGAAGAGAAACCCCUCUGUUUAAGCAACAAUCAACACCCAAUUUUGGGAAGGAAAUGCCGCGUCAAUUCACCAAGAUCUCGCUCCAUGAUGUGGACGAGAAGGUACGGCUUAUGGCCGAGAAGGUGUAUGCUUCAGCUCUGAAGGAAGAAGACAGUAAGAACACCAUGUCUAUGUUUACCGUUCCCGAAGACUGUCCCAUUGGCUUACACCAGGCCAAGGAACGGGAACUACUCAAAGAGAUGGCAGAGGAGGAGUCCGAAGAAUCUGUCAAGAGGAAAAAGAGUUUCAAGCUGUUGCGCACACACUCGAUGUCCUUACAGCUUCCCAAUGCUUCCGAAUGGGCAAUGUCUAUCAUUUCACCUCUGAUGAGCCCUUCCACAGAAGAAGGCCCUGCACCUUUCAAUAUCCCAGAAUUCCAGAGGGUCACCAUCAGCGGAGACUACUGUGCAGGGAUAACAGUGGAGGACUACGAGCAAGCAGCGAAAACUCUGCUGACAGCACUCUUCAUCAGAGAGAAAUAUUCCCGACUCGCAUACCAUCAAUUUCCCAGAAUCACAGCCAGGUUUCUGAGGAGUGCCAAUAAUGAGAAAUGGAGUGAAGAAGAUGAAGUACUGCCAGAUAUUUUCCCAUGUCCAAGUGAGGGCGAGGAUCCCUACAGUAUGGAAGACAUCCCACAGAAUCUGAACUACAUCCUAAAGAUGAAAGACGGGAUCAUAAAUGUCUACGAUACUGAAGAGGCUUUAAAACAAAAUCAGCCACGGAGUUUGCCAUAUCCCGACCUGGAAACCUUUGCUAUCGACAUGAGCCACGUCCUUGCCAUGAUCGCAGAUGGGCCAACGAAGACCUAUUGUCACAGAAGGCUUAAUUUCCUGAUGUCCAAGUUCUACCUUCAUGAAAUGCUGAAUGAGAUGGCAGAGUUGAAGGAACUGAAAAGUGUUCCUCACAGAGACUUCUACAACGUCAGAAAGGUUGAUACCCACAUUCACGCAGCUGCCUGCAUGAACCAGAAACAUCUUCUGAAGUUCAUCCAGGAUUCUUAUAAAAAUGAAGCCAACCGGAUAGUGCUGGAGAAGAAUGGAAAGAAGAUGACCCUCAAAGAGGUGUUUGAAAGUCUGAAAAUGGAUCCUUAUGAUCUCACAGUGGACUCACUGGAUGUACACGCUGGCAGACAAACGUUUCAUCGCUUCGAUAAGUUUAAUUCCAAAUACAACCCAGUGGGUGCAAAUGAGCUCCGAGACAUCUAUCUCAAAAGUGAUAACUACAUAGGUGGGGAAUAUUUUGCACGGCUUAUCAAGGAAGUUGCUCAUGAUAUGGAGGAAAGCAAAUACCAGCAUGCAGAACCCCGUCUGUCCAUCUAUGGCCGAUCUCCUGAAGAGUGGGGAAGCUUGUCUAAAUGGUUUAUAAAGCACAAGUUGCACUCCCCUAACAUGAGAUAUAUGAUACAAGUGCCCAGGAUCUAUGACAUUUUCCGUGCAAAGAAGCUUGUCCCUAACUUUGCCAAGAUGCUGGAGAACGUCUUCCUUCCACUAUUUCAGGCCACCGUUAAUCCUCAAGACCACAAAGAAAUACACGUCUUCCUGAAGCAUGUGACCGGGUUUGACAGUGUGGAUGAUGAGUCCAAACACAGUGAUCACAUAUUCACCUAUAAGAGCCCAAGACCAGAAGAGUGGACCUCAGAGGAAAACCCACCAUAUACCUAUUAUCUGUUCCACAUGUAUGCCAACAUCAUGGUCCUCAACAACUUACGCAAGGAACGUGGUCUUAAUACUUUCCAGUUUAGGCCUCAUUGUGGUGAGGCAGGAUCCAUCACUCACCUGGUGUCUGCCUUCCUCACUGCUGACAACAUCUCUCACGGACUCAACCUGAAGAAGAGUCCUGUGCUGCAGUACCUGUAUUACUUGGCCCAGGUGCCUAUCGCCAUGUCACCUCUCAGCAACAACAGCCUGUUUCUGGAGUAUUCUAAGAAUCCUCUGAGGGAGUUCCUGCACAAGGGCCUGUGCGUGUCCCUUUCCACCGACGACCCAAUGCAGUUUCACUACACGAAGGAGGCCCUGAUGGAGGAAUAUGCCAUAGCGGCACAGCUAUGGAAGCUGAGUACAUGCGAUGUUUGUGAGAUCGCCAGAAAUAGCGUCCUCCAAAGCGGUCUGUCUCAUCAGGAAAAGAAGCACUUCCUGGGAGAAAAUUAUCUGGAGGAUGGACCAGAGGGAAACGACAUCCGCAGGACAAAUGUGGCACAGAUCCGUAUGGCAUAUCGGCACGAGACCUUGUGCAAUGAGCUCAGCUUCCUAGUGGAAGCUGUGAAGUCUGAAGCCAUUGCUGCAAAAGCUCCAUAAACACAGCAUUGGUCCAUACAGGCGAACCAGACAUGUAAUGAUGGUGGAGGCUGUAUGCUGCUACAGGAGGUGUAGCAAACAGCACGCACCACAGAAGCACAGCGUACUCUGCACAUUCCCUGCACGGUAAUAAGCCAUGGAGCUACGCGUCUAUGUGCCUUAUAAAUGAUAGAUAUAACAAUACUCACAGUGCCUUACAGGUGAUGGAUAUUUUCACUUCACAUCAUGAAUCCAUUUUUUAAAAAUGGAAUGAUUUGAGGAAAUGUUACUGUAUUUUGCAUAUACAUUUGCUAUGUUUUAUAAGUACUUGGGUGUGUGAUGUUAACAAUGGAUUGUUUUGUUCUGAUCAAUGUUUUACAUAAAAUGGUGACAGAAACAGGACCUAAUUUCAUCACAUAAUAAAUUAGCAAACUUUUGUACACAGAGUUGGCUAUGGGUGUGGUAUGAUGUAUUGGUGCUUGGAUACAGAGUAGCUAUUUGAUAAAAGCUGUAUUAAAUAUACAAGAACUGCACUCGGAUUUAAAUAAAAAAUAAAAACAUGAAA